AUGGCCACAGUGGAACCGCCGAACCCGCUGCCACCAGAUGACAACGUGGGACCAGCCUUGCUGGGCGUGUCUGGUACGUGCCUUGCCUUUGUGAUCAUCACCACUAGUGUUCGGCUAUGGGUCAGAUCAGCCCUGCGAUCGAUGGGCCCCGACGACUGCACCAUUGCGAUUGUCACACUUCUCGGUAUAGCACGAUUCGGCGUACAGGUCGCUCAGGUCGAGAUCGGCAAUGGACGGCACAGAUGGUACAUCGACAAUGAGAACUAUAUGCGCAACAACAUGCUCGGAUGGUUCGCCCAGAUCCUCCUCUUCGCCAGCAUAUGUCUUCUCAAAAUAUCCAUUCUGCUACUUUUAUUGCGUAUCAAAAAUUCGCGAAGGGUCAAAUACGCAGCUUGGGGAAUAAUGGCGGGUCUGUUCAUAACUAAUUUCGGCUGUAUUCUUAUCUUACUCGCGGAAUGCAAGCCUAUCAGCGCGUAUUGGACUGGCGUAGGCGAUUGUUGGGAUCCGCGCGUUCGCAUUUACUACAUCUAUGCUACCAUUGCUUUUUCGAUUGUUACAGACCUGCUGUGUUCUUUGUUGCCGGUUUUCGUCAUCUGGAGUGUCAAGUUACCAAUGAAGACGAAGCUUUCUGUCUGGGCCCUGAUGAGUUUGGGACUUAUUGCAACUGGUUUUGGCAUUGCUCGAGCAUCUUCCCUCGGUGUGGUAACAUCAGAUCUAAGUUGGGUUUAUGCUAUCACAGCAAUAUGGUCCAACCUCGAACUGUAUCUCGGCAUCGUCGGUGCCAAUCUUGCACUUGGCAGAUCGAUUUACGGGUAUUUCUUCAAAGACCGGAGCCACUCCCAGGUUGGCUCCUCGUAUGGUUACGGCAACGGGCCCAGGUCGACGACUACAUCAGGGAACUUGAGAAUACCUGGGUCAGGUCCAUUCCGAUCAGGACAGACACGUUUACCAUCGCAAGGUCAGGAAAGUGAAAUCUCGUUAGUGGACCAAACAAAGAAACAACAGCCGUCCACGUGGUAUGCUGAUGCAAAUACGGACGAUGAUAACCCUCCAGGAGUCACUGAACAUGGUAGAAGAAACAGCCAAUAG